CCUCCACGUCGUCGGGGCGGGGCGAGCGUCGUCGCGUCCAGGUGACGUCUCCCGCGGGCGUCGGGCGGGGUCGUCGGCGUCGGCAGCAGUGUCGGCGGUGGCGGCCGGUGGGAAAUGGCGGAGUACUUGGCCUCCAUCUUCGGCACCGAGAAAGACAAAGUCAACUGCUCAUUUUAUUUCAAGAUCGGAGCGUGUCGCCAUGGAGACAGAUGCUCUCGGCUGCACAACAAACCGACCUUUAGCCAGACCAUUGCCCUCUUGAACAUUUACCGUAACCCUCAAAACUCUUCCCAGUCUGCUGACGGUUUGCGCUGUGCCGUGAGCGACGUGGAGAUGCAGGAGCACUAUGAUGAGUUCUUUGAGGAGGUUUUCACGGAGAUGGAGGAGAAGUACGGGGAGGUGGAGGAGAUGAACGUCUGUGACAACCUUGGAGACCACCUCGUGGGGAAUGUGUACGUCAAGCAAGUAUUUGAGAAUGUGGAAGUGUACACUGGAAGCACAUUCCAUGCACACACACCUUCUCAAGUAGACCAGACCCUAGUAGCUGAGGGAGCCGUUAAGCAGGUCACCAUUAAGAUUCGGGUUUAUUUACACAAUGUGUGUCCUCAGAUGGAUAUCCAGGCUUCACGGGCCGCAUAUUUCCAUUGGGGUUUCUUGGUUUUUACAGGUUGGGCAGGUUUCUUUGUGGGGGUAGGGGCACUGCCCUGUGAACCACCAACAGUCAGGCAUAGGUCAAGGUCCCGGUCCCGGGAGCGUCGCUCUCGGUCGAGAGACCGUGGUCGAGGCGGCGGCGGCGGCGGCGGCGGCGGGGGACGGGAGCGCGACAGGAGGCGGUCGAGAGAUCGGGAGAGAUCGGGGCGGUUCUGAGCCAUGCCGUUUUUACGUAUGUCUGCUAGAAAGUGUUGUAGUCGAUUGACCAAACCAGUUCAUAAUGGGAAUUUUUUUUAAAAAACAACAAAAAAAAACAAAGAUGGGUUUCUGAAUAAAAUUUGUAGUGAUACAGUG